UGCUGCGGCUGCUCCGCCCCAGACGCGGAGUGUUGCUGCCAUGGACGUCUCGGCGCAGCAGCGGGCCGCGAUCAGCUACUACUGCCGCGAGGGGCUGUUCCGCCACGCGCAGGCCGCGGCCGACGACGGGCUCCGCAAGGCGGCUGGCGACCCCGUGCUGCUCUUCUACCGUGCCUACGGCCUCCUCAUGGCAGGUCAAAUUCAAGAGGCUAUUCGGGAGUUUGAACAUAUUAAAAACAAACAAGAGGUGUCACUUUGCACAAUGAUGGCACUCAUCUAUGCCCACAAGAAGAGCUCUAAUCCAGAUCGAGAUGCUAUUCUGGAACUGGAUGCCAAAAUGAAGGAAUAUCGUAAGACAGCAGGACAGCAGGCUUUGUACUUUGCAGGUUUGUUUUUGUGGCACCUCGGCCGCCAGGACAAAGCUCGUGAAUAUGUUGAUAGAAUGAUCAAAGUUUCUAAUGGAGAUAAAGAGGGAUUGAUUUUGAAAGCAUGGCUUGAUGUCACCUGUGGAAAAGAAGCCUAUAUUAAAAAAGCUGUGAAAUAUUUUGAUGAAGCAAUGCAGGAAGGGAUUGAUCUUUUUGCCCUGCUGGGUAAAGCACAAUAUUUUGAGAUCCGCCAAAAUUAUUCAGGAGCUUUGGAAACUGUGAACCAGAUAAUUGCAAAUUUCCCACACUUCCUUCCUGCUUUCAUAAAGAAAAUGAAGCUACAGCUUGCUUUACAAGAUUGGGAACAGGCAGUUGAAACAGCGCAAAGAUUGUUGCAGAAAGAUGCUCUUAAUUUGGAAGCCAUAAGAAUGGAAGCUCUUCAUUAUCUUUGUAGAGAAGGAAAUAUAACUGAGGCUACAGCCAGGCUGGGAGACCUAAUUCAUGCACUGGAAAAACUUGAACCGCAUAAUCCUCAACUAUUUUGUAAAAUGGCACUAGCUUUCAGCAGAACAUGUGGCCGGAACCAGCUCAUCCUUCAACAGACUCAAACCUUAGUUGAAAGAGCAUUUGGCUUGGCGUCACAUGAUGCAGAAAUUGCUACAGAACUUGGUUAUCAGAUGAUUUUACAAGAAAGAGUCAAAGAGGCUUUAAAAUGGUAUAAGACUGCUAUGACACUUGAUGAGACGAGUGUUUCUGCAUUGACUGGAAUUAUCCGUUGUCAGCUAAUAGAAGGACAGUUGGAAGAUGCAGAUCAGCAGUUGGAAUUUCUUAAUGAAAUUCAACAAAGCAUUGGGAAAUCUGGGGAACUGUCUUUUUUGCGUGCAGUUCUAGCUAUGAAGAAACAUAAAAGACAGGAAGAGGUUAUUCACUUUUUGAAUGAUGUUCUGGAUACUCACUUUUCAUCUUUGCAUGGCUUACCUCUUGGUGUAGAGUACUUUGAAAAACUGAACCCUGAUUUCUUGCUAGAAAUUAUUAGGGAAUAUCUAAAUUUUUGCCCGACACAGCCUGCAAGUCCAGGACAGCCUCCUUCACCACUUCUCAAACAUUGUGCCUCAGUUCUUGAAACUGUAGUAAAAACAGUGCCAGGUCUCUUACAAGCUGUCUUUUUGAUUGCAAAGGUGAAAUAUUUAUCAGGGGAUAUUGAAGCAGCUCACAGCAGCUUACAGCAUUGCCUUGAACAGAAUCCUUCUUAUGCUGAAGCUCAUCUACUUAUGGCCCAGGUUUUUUUGUCCCAAAACAAUUUUAAACUCUGUUCUCAGUCUCUGGAACUUUGUCUGAGCUACAAUUUUGAGGUGAGGGAACACCCUUUAUAUCAUUUAAUUAAAGCACAGACACAAAAGAAGAUGGGAGAAAUAUCAGAAGCUGUUAAGACCUUGCGAAUGGCAAGAAGUUUACCUGGAAUGAGAAGAUCUUCAGCUUCCUCAAAAUCAAAAGCAAAAAGAAUUGAAAUUGAUGCAAGUGACCGAGUGUCUGUUUUUCUUGAAUUGGUAGAUGUACAUUGUUUGAAUGGAGAGCAGCAUGAAGCUGCUAAAGUACUGCAAGAUGCUAUUAAUGAAUUCUCUGGCACACCUGAGGAACUGAGAGUUAUGAUUGCUAAUGCAGACCUGGCCCUUGCACAAGGAGAUGUAGAACAAGCCUUGACCACGCUCCGAAAUAUUACACCUGAGCAACCUUACUUUGUACAAGCCAAAGAAAAAAUGGCAGACAUUUACCUUCAGUACAGGAAAGACAAGAAGUUAUAUGCAAGCUGCUACAGAGAUCUGGUAGAACAGUUGCCAAGUUCUCAUACUUUUCUUCUUCUUGGUGAUGCGUACAUGAAUAUUCAAGAGCCUGAAGAAGCCAUAGAAGUGUAUGAACAGGCUUUAAAGAAAAACCCUAAAGAUGCAGCUUUGGCAAGUAAAAUUGGAAAAGCCCUAAUCAAAACCCAUAAUUAUUCAAUGGCAAUUGGUUAUUAUGAAGCUGCAUUGAAAAGUGGUCAGCAGAAUUUCCUGUGCUAUGAUCUGGCUGAGCUCUUGAUGAAAUUGAGGCAAUAUGAAAAGGCAGAAAAAGUACUUCAGCAAGCUUUAGAGCAUGAACCAGUAAAUGAAUUAUCUUCUCUAAUAGAAGAUUGCCGUUACCAUGUUCUCCUAGCAAAAAUCUACAGCAAAAUGGAGAAGACUAAUGAAGCUAUUGUUUCAUUACAACAGGCUCGGGAGAUACAAGCCAGAGUACUCAAACGAGUUCAGAUAGAGCAAGUGGAUGCAGUUCCUACACAGAAGCAGCUGGCAGCUGAAAUUUGUGCAGAGAUUGCAAAACUUUCUACAGCCCAACGAAACUAUGAGAAAGCAAUUAAAUUUUACAAAGAAGCUCUUGUUCAUUGUGAAACAGAUAACAAGGUCAUGUUGGAACUUGCACGUUUGUACCUAGCACAAGAUGAUACCGAUGCCUGCCAACAUCAGUGUGCAUUACUGCUUAAAAACGACCAAGAUAAUGAAGCAGCAACAAUGAUGAUGGCUGACCUCAUGUUCAGGAAGCAGAACUACGAAGAAGCUGUAUUUCAUUUUCAGCAGCUCUUGGAACGCAAGCCAGAUAAUUAUGCAACUCUGUCACGUUUGAUUGAUUUAUUAAGAAGAGCUGGGAAGUUAGAGGAAGUUCCAAGAUUUCUUGUAAUGGCUGAGAAACAUUCUUCCAGAGCAAAAAUAGAGCCAGGUUUUCACUAUUGCAAAGGAUUAUAUCUUUGGUAUACAGGUGAACCAAAUGAUGCACUUCGACAUUUUAAUAAAGCUCGGAAAGACAGUGAUUGGGGACAGAAUGCAGUUUAUAACAUGAUUGAAAUAUGUUUGAAUCCUGAUAAUGAAACAGUAGGUGGCGAAGUAUUUGAAAACCUGGAUGGUGACAUAGGUAAUUUGACAGAAAAGCAGGAGUCUGUACAGCUAGCUGUGAGAACAGCAGAAAAACUCCUGAAGGAACUCAAACCCCAUACCGUUCAGGGUCACAUUCAACUUCGCAUUAUGGAAAAUUAUUGUCUAAUGGCAACCAAACAGAAAUCGAAUGUUGAACAAGCAUUAAACACCUUUACUGAAGUAGUAGUUGCUGAGAAGGAUCAUAUCCCAGCUCUUUUAGGAAUGGCUACAGCCUACAUGAUAUUAAAACAAACUCCACGAGCCAGAAAUCAAUUGAAACGCAUUGCAAAAAUGAACUGGAAUCCCAUUGAUGCAGAAGAGUUUGAAAAGAGCUGGCUGCUGCUUGCUGAUAUUUACAUUCAAUCUGCAAAAUAUGAUAUGGCAGGUGAACUCUUAAAACGAUGUCUCCGUCACAACAGGUCCUGUUGCAAAGCCUAUGAGUAUAUGGGAUACAUAAUGGAAAAAGAACAAGCAUAUAAAGAUGCAGCAGUAAAUUAUGAGCUGGCAUGGAAAUAUGGAAACCAAACAAAUCCAACAGUAGGAUACAAGCUGGCAUUUAAUUACUUGAAAGGAAAGAGAUAUGUUGAUGCUAUUGAUGUCUGUCAUAAGGUCCUAGAGGCACACCCGAGCUACCCAAAGAUCAGAAAGGAAAUACUUGAUAAGGCCCGGGCAUCUUUAAGAACCUGAAACUUGUUUGAAUGGCUUACUAAUUUUUUUAAAUUUGUAAACGAUGAAUUUGAUGUUACAGUGCUAGAGGCCGUAUCAGUACCUGAAGAUGGGGACUACUUGAUACUUUAUCAACUCUCUUAUGCAGUUUUCCUUUGAGGAAAAAAGAGAGAAUUUCUUUAUAGCAGUGAGUUUGUUUUCUCUAGCAGAAAUUGAUCUACUUCAGAUAAACUGAAGCACAAAUACUAUGUUAAUUAUACUUUUUUACUAAAUGGGAAACUAGAUGACAACUGGUGGCCAUCUUCCAACAGGAACUAUCUUUAAAUUUUAUAAACAUGACCAGUGCUCUGCCAGUUCUCCGCCUCAACAGGAAGAUGUAUUGCUGUUCUAUGUUUAAAAAAAAAAAAAAGCAUCAUCAAAAAUACAAGUAGCCACAAUGAAGGCUAUAAUUAAGUUUAUGUAGAACUGGUUUUGACUGCUUCAGACAGAUGGAUUCAGACAAUGCAAUAUCCUUCUGGCUUCUACUAGUAGUUUUACAUACUGUGGAUAAAUUUCAAAUUGACAUUUUAAAAUUAUGACCAUAGCAUAUUCCAAACUAUGCAUUAUAAAAAAAUCUGUAUUUCUUUUUUAAAAAAACAAAUAAAGGAUUUUUAAAUAAAAUAACAUUUAGCCCCUUGCACUUCCUUUGCAUUUAGUAAUCUACAGUUAGAGAAAAGGCAGGGACAGGCACACCAUCAGACUGUUUGUUGUCCUUGAGCAGCUCCAUAUUUUAAAAAUAGGUUUUAAAAAAUUUCUGAUAAUUCCUGUAGGGUUUUUUUUUCUUUUCUUCACUGAAAGUAACUGUUUUUGUCACUAACAACAACAGUGUCUCUUAAAAUAAGGAAAAAACCUCCUAUAUUGAUUAGGACAAUCGAGACAAACUUCCUAUAUUGAUUGAUUAGAAUGGUGAGUUUUUUUCAUUCUAGCAAAUAAUUUUUCCAGCAGUUUUAUCAGUCAUAUGUAUAUAUGUACUUGUGUGUGAGAGAGAGAGAGAGAGAGAGAGAGAGAGAAACAAGUAUGUUCACAAGUAAUCAUAUCUUGUGUAAACCACUGGAAACGUUUUUCAGACAAAGAUUUUGUUAUAGCAAUCUUAAGAUCUUCUGUUGUGUACACAAUACUGGUUUCCCAUAAAACCAGUUGCUUUCUGA